UAAAUUUUUAUAGAAUUUAUUAACUACAAAUUUAGGUUUACGUUUUUCUACAAAAGCAACUAACGUUGUAGGUCCAUUAUGUCAAAGGGAACGGGACCACUAUCGAAGAUAUAUAAUGUUGUUAUUUUUUCGAUAGACAAAAUUGUGCCGGGAGCAGCACGACCACUUUGGGAGGCUCCAGCUGGUCCGCGAACUGUGUUCUUCUGGGCACCAUUUUUCAAAUGGACCCUUGUAAUGGCCGGUCUGAGCGAUUUGCUAAACCGACCGCCGCAGAAUGUGUCUCUGAAUCAGGCUGGCAGUUUGGCAGCCACUGGACUAAUUUGGUCCCGAUACUCUGUUGUCAUAACACCCAAGAACUAUAACCUGCUAUCAGUAAAUGUAUUUGUAUUUCUAACACAGGCAUAUUUGAUCUACAAGCAUUUGAUGUGGCGCAAAUCGAAUGCUAAGAACGCAAUGUAUAACCAUCCAUACUUUCCAUUCUGGAUGGAGGAUGAUUGGUAAUAAGAGUAGACAGCAGGGCUAAAUUAAUAAGUAAAUUAAUUUAAGUUUGAUUAAUUAAAAAGGCAUUUUGUUUGGCGUGCCGCUUAGAAGCUUUACGAAUUGUUUUCUUUAUUCUUUUUCUUACGCAUUUUGCAUUCAUCGUUAAUUUCAACCUCUAAGUGGUUUACAUAAGUGUUGUAAGUUAUAUAAUUAUUUUUAUAAUGUAUCAGAUUUCAUGACGUUCAACUUUAGCUGUUGUUUACGAACGUCGACUUUGGGCAUGUGAUUUACAAUGUUUAAGACUUAAAACUGCAACUACGAAUAAUACCAGAUUAUAUACAUAACUACAUACAUCAUGGUUAUAUAGCAAUGCAAGUUUCGGCAACGCGUCAUUGGCAAAGCUCUUUGGCCCGCUGCGAUUUGGCCCAAGCAAGUAGUGCGCACAAGCCGCGCUCUGAUUGGUCGGUCGUUCUAGCGUGCUGUGCUCCUACUGGCUUGUUUCACGGAUUGGCCGUUGGUGUGGGGUUGCGUCGGGUUGGGGACGUAUGCUGCUGCUGCUGCACGCAAAGAAGGCAUCGUUCGUGCAAUUGUGUCUUACGGCUCACUCGUUCGAGUCCAGACUAAAAACGAGCAGCUCAACUGCAGUUGGCAAACAGUCGAACACACACACACACACACAAGUCUAUGUGUGUAUUGCUGUGCUAACAGGCGUAUGCGUGAUUUAUUAUCACGGCCUCUCAUGCGCGUGUGAGCGCAGCAAUCAAAGUGUU